AUGCUGGGCAACUCACGUAUGGUCUCCAUCCCCCAAAUCGAGCACUGCCUAUCCCGGAACUGGAUCGUAGUGGUGCCCAACCACCGUCUCUGCCCCGGGGUGAAUAUCCUGGAAGGCCCGGUAGAGGAUUGUCGGGAUCUCCUGGCGUGGGUGUAUGAUGGUAGUCUGGAAGGGUUUUUACGUGACCAGGGGGUUGAAACGAUGAGAGUUGAUACAGAGAAGGUUAUGGCAUUCGGGACGAGUAGUGGAGGGUUUUUGGCGUUGAGUUUGAUAUCUGUAUUGAGUCCAUAUGCUGAUGAGGAACCGAUGAAGGGCUACAACGUUCCCAAGCCACCGAAAGCCAUUCUCGAUUUCUACGGUGCUGUCCAUUUCACGCACCCCUUCUGGACCGCGCCCCUUCCUCACGUGGCUGAGAAGUUGCCCCCAGGUCUGUCCCCGGAGUUCAUUGGCAGAGUGUACGAGGAGCAUCCGGUCCCCACGGAUAGUUCUAUCUCGCUCGAGGGCCAGACGGAGUCUGGACGGGCUAAGGGGCCGGACUUUUCGCGGCCGCGGGAUGCGUUUGCGUUUAUGCAGAUUGCGAACGGGCGGGUGUUGAGUGCUUGUUUCCCUGGGCGGGAUGUGAGGGAGAUUGAUCCUGUGUGCUGCGUUCGGGAGGGGUUUCCUGCUACGUGUGUUGUGCAUGGGCUUGAGGAUCGGAUGGUUCCGAUUUGUCUAAGUAGGGAGUUGGUGAGAGUUCUUGAGGAGAAAGGGGUGGAGUGUGAAAUGGUGGAGGUUCCAGGGGAGGACCAUACGUUUGCGAUGGGGAUGGAGGUUGGGUCGAGGACUUGGGAGAUGCAGAGAAAGGGGUUUGAUUUCUUGGAGAGGAUUAUCGGUCGAGAGUAA